GUCAUGUUCUUCAAAUGCUAAUGGUAAAAUAAAUGUUGCAGCGGAAAUUUAUCGUUCCACUCAUCAAGAACAUCCACCUCAUCCAGGAUCGAGGCGGACGACCGCGAUCAUGCCUGCUCCCCUACGUGAAGCCCUAUCGCUCGAUCCUUCUUGUCAAUGGGCUUGGACUCGCGGACCGGUCGAGGAAUUGCACUGGCCAGAACCGGCAGGCAUUGUCUUAAUUAAGGCUCCUUUCAGUAGCUUCAGCACUUGAUGUUAUAAGAAGCUCCUUUUCAUUCAAGAAUUCUAAUAGAAGAUUCACAGUUGUCAGUCUGGCACCAGCUUAUUCAACUAGUGGAUUAAAGCCCGUACCUACUUUUUCGCACUGUAGUUCUCUCCGCUUCAAAGCUUGCUCAUUAAUCCAUUUUCAGACUCAUUUCAAGAGGGCGGCGCAUCUUGGACAUCCACGCUUCCCGUCUCUUUUUUUUUUUUUUAAGAUAUACUACUCGCUAAGUCUGAGCUCAACCUCGUGCUAGGUAAAUGAAUGAAUGAAUGAUUAUCUAUAAGGGAUACCUGAUGUUUAGAUAAGCAAUGAUGAAGGUGGUGGUGGUUGUAGAUCUUUUCUUCUUUCUAGGCUGUAUGUAUCUCGAUUUCGAUCCUGAUUACAUGCAGACUUUGUCUCUACGGGUGUUAGGAAUGACACUAACAGGGGCAUACACAUGGCAUUUAGAUAAGGUGCAUUAUAUUGUUUCUUGAAGUGCUUUCUACUUGCUGCAAGUGGAACUGGUCCGAGUACAUGUGUGUACUAGACAACUAGGAGAUUUUCUAUAAACUUGUACGACUUACGCAAGAAUAUAUGUCACAAUUUUGAACAACUUACCCAAGUAUAAUAUAUUUAUGGAUAUACAUCAUCUUAAUCUUUCUCUAACGAAAUUACGUGGCUGCAAGAAGUCAGUAUCCGUGAUGAGCAACUUCUAGCGGUCAUGAGGAGGAGGGAAGAGAGAAGGCAACAAGGAACGGUAGCUAGUACUGCUACUGCUAUUAAGGCCGCUUUUUAUGUAGCUAAUUCAUCCUUGGCUGCUAAUCUUUUUCAAGGAUACUACAGCUGGAGAUGAAUUGCGGAGAGCUCGAAUACUACUGGAGGAGCCUCCUCAUCAGCGGGAAGAAGUUGCCCUACUCCUACUCCUGGUGGAGAUCAACAAGGAGCUCAUCCUAGGAACUUGGUAGAAGAUCAUGACCUGCUCCAGGAGACUUGUACUAAAAAUAUGAUCCAGGAGCAUGUGGAAGUGAAUCGUGGAGGAGGUGCUAAU